CACCAGCAGGAAGCCAGCAGGAAGCCAGACAUUCAGCGCACCUGAUCACUGAGACACAUCAACAAUUAGUAAGACUGGCAGAAAUCUUCAGCUUUAAGUUGACAGAAUGCUGAUGAACUACACCAACCAAACAGAGGAUGACCUCUUCUCUUGCUACAGUCCUUCAGUCGUAGGCUACCGGUACUUUGCUGUGCUGUGGGGAUGUGCUGUGACCAUCACUGGUACGGUGGGGAACCUGAUGACCAUUCUGGCCUUCGCCUUAGACCCACGUCUGAGGACGCGCUUCAAUGUGCUUAUCAUCAACCUGGCUGUAGCUGAUCUCCUGUACUGCACCGUACUGCAGCCCAUAUCAAUUGACUCCUAUCUACACCUCAGGUGGCGCAGUGGUCAGCUCUGGUGCAGCAUCUUUGGCCUGCUCCUCUUCCUCUCCAACUCUGUCUCCAUUAUCACUCUCUGCCUGGUAGCAGUGAGCCGAUAUCUGCUGGUCACAAAGAGGGCGGUGUUUGACCGUGUCUUCUCUGACCGUGGUCUUAUUCUACUCCUGAUCUCAGCGUGGGCACUGGGCUUUGCCAGCUUUGGACCUCUCUGGCCUGUUUACGUGUUUGUGCCACAGGUGUGCACAUGCAGCUUCCAUCGUACCAGGGGUCGUCCUUACAGCACCAUCUUGCUCUUUUUCUACUUUUUUGUGGGUCUGGGCUGUGUUGGUGUAUUCUACUUCCUCAUUUACAGACGUGUCAGGAUUGCCGCACAAGCUCUGCUCCGCUACAGGUUCAGCCGCCGGUCCUCCAGGAAGAAACCAGCUCCUUCAGCACAAGGGACUGAUGACAGUGGUGUAGAGAGUGGAACGGCAAAGACAUGCAGCUGUGAGGUGAGCAGCCAGGUGGAUUUAACCCAAAGUAUGGAUGAGAUCACCUGUGAAAAAUCCUCCAAAUCUGCCCAGAGCUCUGCCAAGGCCCUAAAUUCAUCAGCAACCAAUUCUCCCCCUGAGAUCGUCCCAACAUCACCUUCAACCACACCUGCUCCGACCACUGCAGCACCCUCUUCCCAAUCAGCAACUUCAGGAGAUGAUGACGAAUUUAAGCGUGUGACACGCAUGUGUUUCACAGUUUUUCUCUGUUUUGUGUUCUGCUUCGUCCCCUUCAUGUUGCUCAACAUAGCAGACAAACAAAACCGUGCCCCACAGGUACUGCACAUGUUCUCUGCAAACCUCACGUGGCUCAACAGCUGUAUCAACCCCAUGCUCUAUGCUGUCAUGAACAGACAGUUUCGACAGGCCUACCAUGUGCUGCUCACCAGGGCUGCUGCACCAUUCACCUGCCUCUGGACCUGGUGGUCAACACUGAGAUCCUAAACUCUUCAUACUAAAGCUUAAACUUGCCUGAUGUUCAUCCUGAUCCCGGUGCGCUACAGAGUUGAUAUGAAAAUAAUGCUGUUUGUCUUUAAAUCUUUAAAUGGUCUUGCACCAGCUUAUUUAUCUGAACUGUUAGAUCUGAAUGUACCUGGUAGGUGUCUACGGUCCACGAGCAACUAUAAUCUGUCCCAGCCACGCUCGCGACUAAAGUCAAGAGGGGACCGUGCUUUCGCUGUUGUUGGUCCUAAGCUGUGGAAUAGCCUCCCCGUCUCCUUGAGAUCGCUGUCCUCUUUAUAUGAGUUUAAGCUCAAACUAAAGUUUUAUCUCUUGGAGCGUGCAUUUCUUUAAAUUUUUAUUUUUUAUCUA